CCGGACGCUGGAUUGUGCUCGUGCUAGCCUACGCUAGCUAAAUGGCGUUUAUUUUCAGCUAAAAUUAGCGGCGUUUCAUAACUUAAAUGCAAGCUGAUCAGUUAGAAGAUGAAUGCGGUUACGCACAGAUGUUGUUUACAUAGUUGAACAAUUACGCUUAGCUAGCAAGGCUUUGUGUUAUGAAUUGAUUGUAUGCCUUUUGUUCGCGUAGCUAUUUGUUUUGCUCUGCGUUGCUCUCCCUACAGGAGCUAGCACGUUUACAAACAGACUAGCAGUGUAACCCGCUGUGGCAUUAUAACCAACGCGUAACAUUGUAAACAUGCCGUACAGAAUUUCUUCCCUGCGAAGCUAAUUUUCAUUUUUCCUGUUGUAGAUUAUUUAUGAUGUUUCUUUUUUUUCUGGCGUUGAGUUCAACAUGAAGUAAUUCUCGGUUGGGCCUUCCAAGUCCCUUUAGCUGGGCUAAGUAGCUGGCUUUCGAUUAGGCUACAGCCAGCCUGCUGAUCAAAGCUGUACCUACAUACAGGAGAAUGUGCAUCUACGGGCGUUGAUGUACGAUCGCCAACAACAUGCCUACCAAGUGUACAUUUUAAACUUAAAUGCGUUUAUAAGGGGUUUUCUCGCAAUUGAACGCUUCGUUUAUUGAUCUGUUUUGAUUUUUACAUUUUCUGUCGACUUGCACUGGGCUUUUACUGCUGAGAGUCGCAAAUCAAAGUGCCAAGCGAAAUCUGGCGGAGGAACAGGGUUUCAAAGAGGAAGUUUUCCUUUAAAUGAGACACGGCAUUUCUUAUUAGACGGCGUAUAAGGCUUGGCUCUGGCCUGAGACCUGGGGAAGACCUUCCGCAAUGCCGCUUUUCGGGAAAUCACACAAGACCCCCGCCGACAUCGUGCGGACCCUGAAGGAGAACAUGGCCGUCUUGGUCAAGCAGGACAAGAAGACCGAGAAGGCCUCCGAGGAGGUGUCCAAGUGUCUGGUGGCGAUGAAGGAGAUCCUGUACGGGACCAACGACAAGGAGCCGCACACGGAGACGGUGGCCCAGCUGUCCCAGGAGCUGUACAACAGCGGCCUGCUCAUCCAGCUGGUGGAGAACCUGCAGGUCAUCGACUUCGAGGGGAAGAAGGACGUGUGUCAGAUCUUCAACAACAUCCUGCGGCGACAGAUCGGCACCCGCAGCCCGACCGUGGAGUACUUCUGCUCCCACCAGGAGGUGCUGUUCAUCCUGCUGAAAGGGUACGAGACCGCCCAGGUGGCGCUGAACUGCGGCAUCAUGCUGAGGGAGUGCAUUCGGCACGAGCCCCUGGCCAAGGCCCUGCUCCACUCCGACAGGUUCCGCGACUUCUUCGGCUACGUGGAGAUGUCCACCUUCGACAUCGCAUCCGACGCCUUCGCCACCUUCAAGGACUUGCUCACGAGGCACAAGAUUCUGGUGGCGGAAUUUUUAGAACAGAACUACGAUGCGGUUUUUGCAGACUAUGAGAAGCUGCUCCACUCUGAGAACUAUGUCACAAAGAGGCAGUCACUGAAGCUGCUGGGAGAACUGCUGCUGGACAGACACAACUUCACGGUAAUGACGCGGUACAUCAGCAAGCCCGAGAACCUCAAACUCAUGAUGAACCUGCUGAGGGACAAGAGUCAAAACAUCCAGUUUGAGGCCUUCCACGUUUUCAAGGUGUUUGUGGCCAAUCCCAACAAGACCCAGCCGAUUGUGGACAUCCUCCUGAAGAACCAGACCAAACUGAUCGACUUCCUCAGCAACUUCCAGAAGGACCGCACGGACGACGAGCAGUUCAACGACGAGAAGACGUACCUGAUCAAACAGAUCCGGGACCUGAAGAAGCCGGCCUCGUAGGCCCGCCCUGCCGAGCUUCCAGCAAUGGCCCCCCUUUUUCUUUUUCUAAUGAAAAAACAAAAAAAACAAAACAAACAAAAUUAUAGUAACAAUAACAAUUAUUUGUAGAAUCUUGAAAAGAUUUAUCUUCUUCAAAAAAAAAAAAGCUUGCAGAGAAUAGUUCUUGACUGCAGGUCCUUUGACAUCCGCUUCGUUUGACAGACUUUGUCUUUGUCACUAGUGUUGUGCCACAGUAUGAUUAUUUAGUACCUUUUUAAAUUGAGUUUUUAAUUUUUGAAAAAUUCAAGGAGGAACCAAAGGUUGUGAGAACCUGAGUCAGGAGGUUAGACUCCCCUCAUGGAAUUGGCUUGUGGGGAGGGGCUUGUAGUUGAGUAGCAUCCAAAUUUAACAUUUUUGCUUGUCGAUAAGGGCCGGAAGAGUGAGCAUGUGAUUUAGCACUCCAAACCUGCUGCGGUCAAGUCCGGAUGAGUGGCGGGGCGGGGCGGGGGGGGGGGAUGAUUCAGAUGGAUUUGUGGUGUACAUUGUGGAGGAUUAAAGUUGUUUGCCAACUUUUAUUUUUACUGUAGGAAAUAAGAUGGCUUUCUUUAAUAACAACAUAGUCAAAAAGGCUUUGUAUUCUCUGUGUUUGCCUGUUUGUAAAACUAUCCAAAAUCAAGUUUUUUUUUAUUUUUAUUUUUUUUUUAGGUUUUUUUGUUUUGUUUUCAAACCCAUGAAAAUCAGUCUUUUCUAACACUAUCACUUGAUUUUAAAAUUCACAGGGCCAUUUGAUACAAACUUGUUAGCUAUUAGCAACGCAAGGAAGCACUGCAGUUUACUGUAUUUGAUUUUGGUCAAGGAAAGCUCUAAGGUGCCAAAAUUCACUUCUUUUUUUUUUCAGUCCAAAAAACAAGAGGUUGCAACAACUGAUAUCAUUUCUUUUUGUAAAGGAACGUUUCUACAGUAAAGGUUAUCCUGUACUUACACAUUGGUGCAUAUUAUUUAAUGUCUCAGCAGAUAUUCAUCUCAAAAUGACUAGCCCUAAUCUUGGAACAUCUACCCUUUUCCGUAUUAUUAAAUAUUCAGAUUAAUGACACUCAUGCUUACAGGGAAAAAUGGGUGUAAGUAUUAUAAUUCAAUAUAAUUGCAUUCAGAAUCCUUUUUCUCAACAGAAGCAGAUUGGCAGUUUGAAAUAUUUGAAACGUUUCUGCUCAGUUAUCAUAUCCCAGAAUGCAUCUCGCAUCCAGUUCCAUCAUCGCAGUGUGCUGAGGUGGUUUUCUUUUCUUUUUCCUGUACUGUAGAUACCGAGUAUUUAUUUUUGCUGAGGAUUACAGUCGGUGAUUCAAGAAUAAUAUAUAUAUUAAAAAAAAGCUUAUUAAAGGUAAUGAAUAAUGUACUUACAGUAUCAAUUAAGUGGAGCACUCCUUUAAAUUAAACGUAUAUGAAAAUUUGAUCAGUAUUGUAAUUAAUGGUUCUUUUUUUGUUCCAGCAGAACCAAAACAAGGCUUUCCUGGUGACUUAAUGCGAACAGUACUCCCUUAUUGCCUUUUUUUCCCCUUCCAACUGACAGUAUAAUUUCUUGGUCAUUGCCAUUUUGCUGUUGUAUGCAGUAAUAAUUUUGCACAUUUGUAGAUUCUCAUUGAGAGUGGCAUGAUUAAAAAAAUAAAUAAAAUAAAAAAUCUGAACACUUUCAUAUCUUUUGCAUCUUAAAGUAAGGAGGACGGGUGCAAGGGUGUUCUUAUGACUAGUAUUUAUGUGUGUGAUCUAUAACUACGCUAUUUUAAUUUUCUCUAUUUGGAAAUAGCUUGGCAGAAUUACAGUGACAGUAAGGGGACAUGGAGAUUCAUAGAUGCCUUGUUUUUUUAAAUUUUAUUUAUGGUUUUUCCCACUCCUCAUGUAUUUUUGUACUUUAAAAAAUGUAUAUGGUCUGAACAUAUAUGCCAUGAGAAAUGAACCCCUUUUAACUAACUAUAUGCAAGAUACACUGUUCAAUAUUAUACUUGAAGUCAUUUCUGAUAUUCAGUUAUUUACAAAAAAAAUACACAUUAACUUAGAACCUGUCAUUGAAAUGAUUUGAUCAAAAAAACUGCAACAAAAAGCUGUUUUUUUUUUUUUUUUAAUUUUCCAAAUAUCUGAAUGGGCAUUUUAGUUAUGUGCAACAUACUAAUCUAUGCUAAAAUUGAAAUUGAAGAUUUUUUUUUUUUUUUUUUUGGUCGGGGGGGAUUCAAUCCAUAUUUUGACAGGUAUAAAAUAUUUUACUUCUAAUCUGUUUCACUUCAAAGUAAAAUAUAGCCGGGACCAGGAUAGAUUACCUACCUUAAUUUGACGUUCAGAAAUAAGUUUGAGGGAAAGACUGUAAUUGUGAGCAGGAAUUUUUCCAUGUACAUAGAUCAUGUUCACAUGUCCUCAAUUCAGAGGCCACACCCCUGAAUGCGUAGCCAUAUUAUAUUAUAUUUGCCAAAUGUUGCCAUUUCUUUUUUUUGGAAUUUAUACUUUAUGUAAAUAAAGUAUAUUUUAAAAGCUG